AUGGCCUCGAAAUCCUCUCCAUCGCCAUCGCGAUCACGGUCGCCGGCGCUCGACAACGACACAGCCACCACCUCACAGUCAACCCUGCAGGCCAGCAACCGGCGCGUCCAAAUCCAGACCCCAGAAGCACCAGCCAGUCUCGACGAUCUGCUCAAGUCGCCUCACAACCCUGCAUUGCGACAGCGCGAGUCGAGCUCCACCCUCCGUGGUGCAUCGCCCACCGACCACCGCAGGCGCAGCGGCUUUCACCUCUGGCGCACCGAGUCCGAAGAUGCUCGCAAGGCUCGUCUGCGUCGCGCCCUCGAGGCAGCAGAGGCACAAGCAAACGCACCGCCCAGCCUGGCUCAUCGCUUCAUCUCACCGCUCAAAGCGAUACCACACCGCUUAGGCUCUUUUGUCCAUUGCAGCCUCUACCGCCGUGUCUCUCUGCCCGAUGGUCCACACUCAGGCUCGCCAUUACCGCACGACCAUCAACCCAGGCUCACCCGCCUCGGCCUCGUCAUCCUCACGCUCAGCCUUGCCGGCGCUCAGCUGGCAUGGACGCUCGAACUCGCCUACGGCACCCCCUACCUCCUUUCGCUUGGCCUCAGCGAACAGAGCACCAGCCUCGUCUGGCUUGCGGGCCCACUCAGCGGCCUCAUCGCACAGCCCGUCGUCGGCUCGCUCUCGGACCACUCCUCGUCCUCGUUUCGCCGCCGCAAAUACAUGAUCAUCUCCGCCGCCCUCCUUACCAUCUCCACCCUCACGCUCGCCUACUCGAUCCCUAUCUCGACGCUGUUCGUCGAUCUGUUUGGCGGCGGCCUCGCCGACUGGGACCCGCACCGCCACCGCCUCGUCCACUCCACCACGCAGGCCAUCUCCGUCAUCGCAUUCUGGGUGCUCGACUUUGCGCUCAACGGCCUGCAGGCUGCGUCGCGCGCGCUCAUCCUCGACACCGCGCCUUCGGAGCAGCAGACCAUCGCCAACGCAUGGCAGGGCAGGAUGACGCACACGGGCAAUGUGCUGGGCUACAUGUGCGGAUGGCUCGACCUCGCCAGCUGGCAACGCCUCCGCUGGCUUGGCGGCGGCCAGUUCCGCCGCUUCGCACUCAUUUCGCUCCUCGCCAUGAUCUCGUGCGUCAGCGUCACCAUCGCGUGCAUCGACGAGUCGCCCGCCGAUCCGCGUCUGCUGCAUCCGGGCGCGCGCGCUUCGCCGUGUGCGUCCGCGUGGCGCAAGUGCACGCAGACCGUCGACGACGUGUGGCACGCCAUCCGCAGGCUGCCGCGCUCGGUGCGCAGAGUGUGCCUCGUGCAGCUGUUUGCGUUUAUGGGCUGGUUCCCGUUUCUCUUCUACAGCACCACGUACGUGGUCCAGAUUGCGCAGUACGAACGCGCGCUCCGGCGACACGACAAGCAGGACGCUCUGGCAGUGCAGCAGGGUUCGGGCGAGUCGGGCGGGCAUGCCAGUUCGGACCACGAUGCCGAGCGUGGCUCGUUUGCCAUGCUCCUCUUUGCGCUCGUCUCGCUCGUGUCCGGCGCGCUGCUCCCCUACCUCGCGCUGGCGGGGGAGGACAGUCGGCAAGCCACGCCGCAGGGCGAAACACCGGGAAGCGAGCCAGGAUCGCCGCUGCAUGUAUCCAUCCCCGAUGCCGACUGGGAAGCGCAGCAGACACACCUCGAGCCGACGGAUAAAAUGUCCCGCUCGCAGCGUCUGGCGCGCGGGGUGCGGCAAGGACUGACGCUGCGUACGUUUUGGACGUUGGCGUCGAUUGCAUUUGCACUGCUCAUGCUCGUUGGCACCGCAUGGGCAUCGACGGUGCAGCAGGCCACGGUGGUGAUUGCGCUGGUGGGGUUGCCGUGGAGCGUGGCGGCGUGGGCGCCGUUUGCGAUGGUGGGUGAAUUCGUACGCGAGGCCGAAGACGGAACAUCGCCGUUCGAGUUUGAUGGUGACCAUUGGAGCCCGGUGCGCACGCGCGAGCGGUGGGUGCGCAAACAGCGUCGCGAAAGCAUCCGACAAUCCGUCAGUCGCGAUGACGGUGCACUUACCUCACCCACGAGUGCGGUGGAGGGUAGGACGGGGUUCAAGUACAUUGAUGAAGUGUCCGGGCGAAGUCCGGUUAGGGAGGAGGAUGCGAGAGAUCGUAUCCGUGCAUCGCUGGUUGAAUGUGCCCCCCUCCCACAUGCGCACGACGAUGAUGCAGACAGUCUGGAUCUGGAUGCUGGUCGAGCUGCUCAAGCACGCAGCACGGGUGGAGCAGGUACGAUUCUGGGCAUCCACAACCUGGCGAUUGUAGCGCCCCAAUUUGUCGUCGCCAUCAUCGCAAGCCUCAUCUUUAGCGCGGUCCACUCGUCGCACAACAAGAUCCACCUCGUCCUAACCGAUCCCCUACUCAACCUCGCCGCUGCCACUUCGACUCAAGACGUUGCAAACCCAGCCGAGGGUACCGUGUGGGUGCUCAGGUUCGGAGGCACAAUGGCACUGCUCGCCGCGGCUGCAACCAGGUUGGUGCCCCUCACCCUCAGCGAACGCUCCAAACGAUUCGCCCCCGCCCGCCACAACAACGACCAAGACGCCGAGUAA